AUGGCGACUGAUAGCAAUACUUUUAAUCCUUGGUAUAAGUGCUACUGCAACACAUUACGGAGUAUCCCUGGUCCCGGAAUGUGCCAUCAGUCACCCAACGAUACAAGUGGCGGCGGUGCAAGACGGCAACUGGAGAGAGAGCAAGUGAACAGGACUAGAGGCGUUGAGGUUGCAGGCAAAGCGGGAAACCAAACGAGCCUAGAAAGGCCUAGUGGGACACCUGAUUUUCAGUAUGUACCUACAACAAGUGGUGUCUUGAUGGGUAAUGCAGUCUUCUGGGAUACUAUUACUCGAAGUGUCUCCAUUUGUACUCAGAUUAGACAUGGAGAAGCUGUAGGAAUAAUUGGCCCUUCAGGCACUGGGAAGUCUACAGUGCUGAAGAUUAUGGCAGGUCUCCUUGCUCCAGAUGAGGGGGAGGUUUUGAUUCGGGGAAGGGAGAGACAUGGCUUGAUCAGUGAUGAGGAAAUAUCUGGCCUCCGGAUUGGCUUGGUAUUCCAGAGUGCAGCACUUUUUGAUUCAUUGACUGUUCGUGAAAAUGUUGGUUUCCAUUUGUAUGAAAAUUCUAGCAUGUCUGAGGAUCAAAUAGCAAACCUUGUGACUGAAAACCUGGCUGCAGUGGGCUUGAAGGGAGUUGAGGGCCGCUUGCCUUCUGAGUUGUCUGGUGGAAUGAAGAAACGAGUGGCAUUAGCUAGAUCUAUAAUUUUUGACAACACAAAGGAGGCAAUAGAACCAGAGGUGGUGUUGUAUGAUGAACCUACUGCUGGGCUUGAUCCAAUUGCAUCUACUGUAGUUGAAGAUCUCAUCCGCUCUGUCCACAUGAAAGGUCAAGAUGCAGAGGGGAAACCGGGGAACAUUGCAUCCUAUGUGGUUGUUACUCACCAACACAGUACCAUAAGAAGGGCUGUUGACAGGCUAUUGUUUCUCUAUGAGGGGAAAAUCGUCUGGCAAGGGAUGGCUCAUGAAUUCACCACAUCAACAGAUCCAAUUGUUAGACAGUUUGCAUCUGGAAGCUUAGAUGGGCCGAUUAAGUACUAGUGACAGGUAUUCUUGGUGUCCAUGUGAUUUGUAGCAUUCACUGUUCAUGGCCGCUGGGAUGCUAAUGUACAUGAAUUCAAUUGUUAAGAGGGAGGUUAAAUGGAUGUUUUUGUGCCCAUUCUGCAUUUGAGGCCCUCCCAAGUGUAAGCAUUUUAUAGGCAUCAUCGAGCCAAAGUAUGAAAAGUUCACGUCCAUGGCCUCGAGAAGGAUUAUAUUCCAGCGGUGCCAGUUCCAACUUGAUGAAUAUAAACUGCAUUCUGAUAAGGUUGGUGACAGAUUAGAUUAUUCUGGUUGGCAUGUCUUCUUUUUAUCUUUUGCCAUUUUUGGGGGUAGGGUGGGGUGGUGGUUAGAGUCCAGUGAAGCAAAAUGAAACAGACGAAGCAGAAACUGCAAUACGUGUAUUAAGUUAUAAUGGAGGUAUAUGAUUUGUAUUACCUUAAUGUACUUUUUUUAGAGCUGUAAUUCUUGGUACUGAAGAAUAUUGUUCAA